AUGGCGGAAAGUAGUAAAAAACGGGGUGGUAGUUUCCGUAAAAUAUUUCCAAAACUCUUCUUUUCUCACAAAUCAAAAGAAAAAUCAGCAACAGAAGAGUCAAAAUCAAAUGCAAAAGGUACCACAGAAUCUUCUAAAGGCAAUCAAUAUCAGAAUCCUCGUUCGAUAAGAUCUGAUAAAAACGGUCAAGGAUUGGAAGAUAAUGAACGUAUAUAUGAAAACUUAACAACACGUCCUCAGAGUGAUAACGAAACGCAAAGCAACGAUAUAUCAAGCCACCAUUCAUCAAGUAGCACACUUGUUUCCGAGAGCACGAAAAACAAAUCGAUUGACACGAACGAAAUAUCUGAAGCCGAAAGUUUUGCGUACACCAACUACACAGCACGACCACAGGUACCACCCAAACCGUUCAAUGAAAUGGCACAGAUACCUCACUCGCCACACUCGUCGAAUCGAAGUAAUCAAGUGAAUAAUUUUGAUAACACUCAAUAUCCGGACGUUUAUUAUCAUUCAUUGGAGAAACUGAACGAUAAAAUAUCGCCGUUUGAUGAAAUUGAAAUUUAUAGAGCGUCACAAGCACAAACCAAUCCAGCUUCGGUCGGAGCAGAAAUAAAACGGGUGAGUACAAAGUUUUUGAUAUCACCGAAAAAAGAAGCAGAAGUAAGAACAAUACAGCCAACACGAGCUCGUAGUUUAUCAUUUGAUAAUAAUAAAGAAAAUGAACAAGCUCCUAAGGAACACACUACUUACAAAAGACAGGAAAGCAGUACAAAACCAUAUAAUUAUUCAGCCCCCACUUCGCCAAUGCCAAUUAGUCAUAAAAUGCCGAAUAUGCCAAAAACCGUUUCUCCAUAUGAACACGUAAGAAAAACAAUGCUUGAGACUGAAGAGAAAAGGAAUUCUUUAAGUAGAACGAGUCUUCGUAAUAAAUCUUCGCCUUCGCCUAGAUCAGAGUACAGUCAAAGGACGACUCCAACAUUACCUGAAAAUUCGAGGCAAGAUUCAAGUGAUAAAGAAAAAACUAGGCAGAAAGUUGAAGCAUUUUAUUGGCAAAAGUUGAAAGAAUUAAAACAAAAAGAAGACGAAUACUUAAUUAGACAGUCUCUGAACACUUCUUUAAAAAGUCCUUCUCGGUUCAAACCCUCUGCUAAUUCUAACUGUAGCACUCCAAACUCAUUCUCAUACGUAAUUGAGCCUAGGAGUUGCAGUUUACCGCGUGGACAUGACCUUCAAAGUUACUCUACGAUUCAAUCAAUUUACACCUCAGUGCCAUUUGCUAGAGGUGCACCUGAAAGAAGAACUGAUACUUUUAUUAAAUUUCGAAACACUGUUGACGACCCUGAUAUAAUUUACCGUCACCCUGAAAAACUUAUGGUAAGAACAGCGUCGCCUGCCUUUCAAGAACAAAAAAUGCCGAUGUAUUUUCGGAGUAUGCCACAAGAUGGUCGAAGUGUAGGUCCAUCGAAACGUGUCAGUUUUGAAGAAAGAUACGGUAAAACCGAAAGUAUUGGAAAAAAUAAUAGUGAACUAAAAGUGAAUGAUUAUAAAGUGCAAAGCCUUCAGCCAGGAGCUGUCCAUAAAAUUAGUGAGAUAUCGUCUCGGGUGCCUCCACGACCUCCUGUGCGAACCACUAGUGUUGGGGGUAAAAAAGUUGUGACAAACAAGAAAAUUACACAGUUAACUAGUGCUGGACAAUCGCUGUGUUCCGAAUCUGAAAGUGGAUCCGAAGCUGGUGAAAUACAAAGGAUUAUGCAGGGGAACGUGCAAAAAGCAGCAGCCAACAAGAAGCCUUGGAGAUAUCAGCCGGAACCGCCAUUUUAUCCCGUAUUUUGGAGGGACCAACCCAGAUUAUGGUUUAAGCAACUAGAAGCCAUAGUAGCACCACAGAAGCAAGGAGACGAUUACAAGUACUAUACGGUCAUUGCAAAACUGCCAAAAGAAGAAAUAAUACAGGUUAGUGACCUCAUUACUUGCCCACCGCCAAUAGAAAAGUACAAGGCUAUCAAAGAACGCCUAAUCAGUUGCUAUGAGGAAUCAGACCAACGUCAGCUCCAAAAAUUAUUGUCUGAAAUGGAUCUCGGCGACCAGAAACCAUCACAUCUUCUGCGCAAGAUGCGGACCCUGAGUAACGGAAAUAUCAGCGACGAAACCAUCAAACUUCUAUGGUUGAGGCUUCUGCCACCAUCAGUGACUUCGGUUCUAGCAGUCACAGAAGACAUAGAUGUGAACAAGAUGAGCCAGAUCGCGGACAAGAUAUUAAUAAAUUUAACACGUACAGAGGUGUCAGCUGUAAACGGAAACAAAUCUGGCGACGAUACAAUGUCAUGCAUACUAGCACAGUUAGCAGAAAUGCAAUUGGAACUAAAUGCAAUUCAGCAAGUCGACUGCGCUACGUCGCGUCGCUGCGACGCGCACGCUGCUAAUAAAUAUGACCCCCGCUGUGACUUGAAUUGA